AUGGUGUCCUGGAUGAUCUGCCGCCUGGUGGUGCUAGUGUUUGGGAUGCUGUACCCAGCUUACGCUUCCUAUAAGGCUGUGAAGACCAAGAACAUUCGUGAAUAUGUCCGGUGGAUGAUGUACUGGAUCGUCUUUGCCCUCUUCAUGGCGGUGGAGGCCUUCUCAGACAUCUUCAUUUCCUGGUUCCCUUUCUACUACGAGAUCAAGAUGGCCUUCGUGCUGUGGCUGCUCUCGCCCCACACCAAAGGGGCCAGCCUGCUUUACCGAAAGUUUGUCCACCCAGCCUUGUCCCGCCACGAGAAGGAGAUCGACACCUACAUCGUGCAGGCCAAGGAGCGCAGCUACGAGACGAUGCUCAGCUUCGGGAAGCGGGGCCUCAACAUCGCCGCCACGGCCGCUGUGCAGGCCGCCGCCAAGAGUCAGGAUGCGCUGGCCGGGAGGCUGCGCAGCUUCUCCAUGCAGGACCUGCGCUCCAUCCCUGACACCCAUGACGGCCCCAACUACCAGGACCCCCUCUACCUGGAGGACCAGAUGCCCCGCCACAGGCCACCCAUCGGGUACCGAGCAGGGGGCCUGCAGGACACCGACACGGAGGAUGAGUGCUGGUCAGAUACCGAAGUGGUGCCCCAGCCACCACCCCGGCCCCGAGACAAGCCUCUGAGCCGCAGCCAGAGCCUGCGUACGAUCAAGAAGAAACCGCUGGCACGGGAGGGCACCUCGCGCUCCCUGAAGGUGCGGACGAGGAAAAAGACUGUGCCCUCCGACCUGGGCAGCUAG